UAAGUUUUGGACCGUAGAAGAAGAAAGUGGCAUGGAGAACCAGGAAGUCCGUACCGGUAAAUCAAGACAUAACAGACGGCUGAGCUCUGAGCCGGUGAGAGAGCAUGCAGUAGAGGAAACCUUCCCGUCGUCUGUAUCAUUUAAUGGCGGAUUUUGUUGAAAAUAACGGCCGAGAAACUGAACAACCUGACGGGACAGACGGCAGCACCGUCCCUCCGGAGCGUCAGGUUGAAGCAGGGGACCCCGCGGUGACAGCAGCCCGGGGAUUGUCACUGUCACCCCGGGGACUGAGCUCAGACCAGGAGAGGAGGAAGAAGUUAGUGCUGCAUAUCGACCUCAACAACACCAUCCUGGUGUCCGACGCAGUGACGAGUCAGGGGACCGUGGCUGCUCUGGACUACUUCCUCUCCACUGUGACCUGGGGGAAGAUGAACAAACAAGGAAAGUGGGAGUGGCUGAGCGACUCUCCCUCCCUGCUCCCUCCGUGCGAUGAUGCCGUCAGUUACUACUCUAAGUUUGGACGGACCCCAGGGUUCACCUCUGCUGCUGGACGAUGUUUCCGUGGAGUUCUGGAUCAGCAUCUGGAUCUGCUCCUCUGGCCGGAGGGAGCCAAGGGAGACAAAGACAUGGCAGUGAAAGGAGAGGAUGGGCGCCUGUACCACUGGAUCCUGCCCUCCUUCUUCCAGCUCUUUAAAGACCUGGUGCAGGAAGGCCGGGACUUUGCCGUCAUCUUUCGUACGUUUGGAACCGAUCUACCUCGUGUGCUGAGUGCGAUGUCCAGAGCACUAAAUGAAGGAACUCACCCACUGUUCCCAGAUCUGCCUGAUCUCAAGCUCAGUGUGAAUAUGACUCCAGGCAAGAUCCGCUGUAAUAAUAGAGGGACCGUUGUCAGCCGAGGCGAGGACCGCUUGUCGUCUCGAGACGGAGAGAGAGGCCUGUAUGAGUACUUCAGCUCGGUCCAGGGCCUGGGAGGAUUUCAAGACCACUUUGAUUGGUGGAUGACCAACAUGUACUCAAUCCGUGGAGGGAAGCCACUGUGGGUCGACCCCUUUGACCAAAAUGUCCAGCACAUCUUCAUCGAUGACAACAUACGGCAGAAUGACAAGGAUACUAUAGUUCACCCAAAGGUUUUCUUGCACUCAGGUGGUCUUCCGACUCGCACAGCCAGCACCUCUGAGCUUUAUGACAUCACGCUGGUCCAGACCGACCUCCUGAAGGCCAUUUCUGACCCGAGCUACUUCACUCAGCGUGUGAAGAUCUGCCAGGAGAACUAUGACAGGAAUCUCCAGCAGGGGGCAGGAUAGAACUAACUUCAACACCCCUCUACCAUGUAUGUCUGUUUGUCUGUGUUUCACUAACACAGACUCCACAAUCCAAGCAGAGACAGAGACACAGUAGACAAGAGAAAUAAACAGCUUUUUGAAAGACAAGAGUUAGGGAAAGAAGUGUGUUAAUUGAGGGAAAAGUAAGCUGCAGAAUAACAGCUGGGAAGUAUUUUUAACAGGACACACAGGCUUAUAACGGGGAAGGUGGUGUCUCAUUCAGUCCCACUCAGCACCUUUAGGACCUGUUCUUGCACUUUGUUACUCGGGUUGUGAAGGUAAAGUGUCAAACAUGAAGUAGGUCAAGACUUUUUGGAAGAAAACCUGGAGGCAAACUUUCCCUUAGCUUGGUAUUCUUAGCCUGGACAUUGAGCCAGAAGCAAAGAUGAGAGAGAGGAGAGAGAAGAAGCAGAAAAGAUGAUCCCAGACGGGUGUUUACUCAUCAACGAAAGAGGGAAUUGCACCAAAUCAUGUAGUUAUUCUGGUGUAAUGUUGCUUUAAAAAAUGCAGCUGAAUCACAUUAAAAUCAAAUAUUCCACUACAGAUUUCAAUACAAACUAAAAGCAUUCAAUGAGAAUUUAAAAGUUGUGGCAGCUCGUUAAAACACGAUGAAAACAGCAGUACACUGUUACAUGAUCCAGUCUGUUGUCCUCACGUGAACCACAGCCAGAUAAGAUUUUGACUUAAUUACUCACCGAAGCAGCCGGAACAGACUCUGAUUAAAGGCUCUGGAGCUAAUCACUCUGAUGAACCGCCCUAACUCUCUCAAAUCUGCGUCAGGCAGCAUAAUUGGGGUCGGAUAUGGUCCAAAGCCUCUUUAAGUGUUGUGUUAGCCGGCUGCUGAGUGAAAUCCAUCGAUUGUCUUCCUCAAAGCCGACAUGUAGCUUCUCCUUUAGAUUUACUUUCACUUCCAUGUUACUUCUUCCUCGUUUACAUCCAUCCAGACACAACUAAAAAGACUUGAAAGUUUCCAGAUGACUGUGAAGUGAUCUGAUAACUGAGUGUGUAGCUGAGUGGUGAGACCACAGAGACGCACUGUAAACACAUGCAAUCAGAAGACUUCAGCUGUGAGAAUUAUUAAAGAUGUUUGAUUCAUAAAGUACAAUAUUACGUUCAUGGUAACAUGUUUAAGGUCACACAAAGGUCAGGUUAAUGUCUGUAUCCAGAGAGCUGUUGUCAGAGCAGUGUCAUUACACAGCACAUAUUGUUUGGUUAAACACAGCUAUAGGAUGUUCUUGUGCUGAUUUAUUUAAUGCAGUUUUUAUUACUUAAAGGACUUUUGUGUGAAACUUUUUCUGAGUAAGAUUGGUGUGGAAGUUUAAAUCAGACUUUUGCUUUGUAGGUUUUAGGAUAUUUAUUCAUUUUUCAGCUUUCAGGGAGAUUUCAUGUGGCUUUAUUUUCUCUCAGGUCAGAUUUUGACGAUCAAUCUAAAGGUAAAAUGCUCUAAUGUAGCUUUUUGAAACAGUGGAGUGAUAAAACCAGUGUUAUACCUUUAACAGAGUGUGCACGUUUCAUUAAAAGGGGAUACACACGUGAGGCCAUCGUAAGGAUGGAGAGCUCUGUUGGCAGUAGCAUCACAGUAGUUUAUGAUUUAAGAGUUAAACUGAGAGUUUCAGAGUGCAAAGCGAGGUCACACCUCUUCUGUAGAACAAAACACACAUUUAACUUAUCAAUCCAGGAACUAAUUAUUUGAUGCGUAUUUGUAUUUUAUAGAGUGGCCCAUGUUCCAUCUGUUAACACAGGGGUGUCAAACAUGCGGCCCACGGGCCAAAACCGGCCCGCCAGAGGUUCCAAUCCGGCCCGCAUAACGACUUUGCAAAGUGGAAAAAUUACAGAGAAGACAUUAACUGGAAGUUUUCAACAAAAGUAACUACUAUUUCAAAUUUGUCCUCUGGGGGUCGCAUAUAAUCAUAAUGCUGACGGAGCGCCCUGAACGGCACUUUUUUUCCGGGACUUUUUUUCUUAAAGUGAGAAAUCAGAUGACUUGCUGUUUGCAUAUUCCGUUUGAGAUUCAUAAAGACUCUUUAGAGCACUAUAAGAUGAUCCACUAAAUACUAACACUAGCACUACACCCCUGCAUACAACACUGUCCAUCAAGCAAACUGUUAAUGCUGGAGCUGGGGGGUCAAAAAUAAUAAACUUUACCUUGUUCAUUACAUAGACUGUAAAAAAUAUGGACGUAGUAUCCGUGACGUCACCCAUCUGUUCCUGAGAGCUGUUUUGAAGCAAAUCGACGGCGGCAGCCAUAUUGGUAAUGCGGAACUCAACUAGGCAGAGUGUGACGUAGUGUGACGUAGUGUGAGUCUCUUAGCCAAUGGCUGUGUGUUCCCGACCGGGAGUCACGUCAGUCAUGUCCUUAUUUGGGCAAAACUCAUAAUCUUAAUAUCUUCUUAACCGUCACGUUAGAAAAAAAUUCACCCCCCGUACAGUGUAUGCCAUUAGAGAGAUUAGCGUUGUAGGGCCAAGCCGUUUUUUGAACCAGGCUGUAAACAAGUUUAUUAAUGCUGCAAAGAUCGUCUUUUUCCCAUUCAUAUCUAUGUGGUUUCCGGUGUUUCUGCAGCCAGCCUCAAGCGGAUUUUCGAUGUAUUGCAGUUUAUAUCACUUCCGCAUUGGCUUCAUCGUUUGAGACCGGAGUUUGCCGCUUGGUUCAUUAUUAUAAUCUCUCUGUUCUUUUGCAGUAAACAUUACACUCUGGUGUCAGGUGAAUGGGUAACCUGUGUGUUUGGUGUGUUAGAGUAAAAUAUUCUGCCCCACUAUGAGACUCAUCAUGGCAAAAAAUACAACAGCUGUUUUUGUUCAAAGAUAGUUCAUUAAAUGUGAACAUUUUCAGAAUGUACUUUUUUUGCACUAAAACAAAGGGGAAAAUAUAGAGUUGUUGUUAUUUAUAGGUUAUUAUGUUGUGAUUUUACUGGUCCGGCCCACUUCAGAUCAACUUGGGCUGUAUGUGGCCCCUGAACUUAAAUGAGUUUGACACCCCUGUGUUAACAUUAAGGAGGCAGGGUUUAUGACCUUAACUGCUUCCAGUCACUAGGGGAGCUCUAAAUGUUUUGGCUUUCGUCUGGAAACACUUGUGGGAUUCAUUUUAGUGUCAGUCACAUUUAAGUCAGUUUUACAUUCAUACAGGUUAAAGUGAUGACUGUUUCACUAACAUUUAGGGACAACAAAGUUUAUUACACACACUCAAGAAAAAACAAAACAUAGAUAUUUAAAAAAUAUUAAUAAAGUAUGAAAAGUGAGAAAGUAGUUUUUAAAAACAAAGGAACGGCUUGCAGCUGCAGGUUGUGUUGAUUCAGGUAUACUGAGGACGGAUCAAGCCGUUCAGAUUUCUGCACUCUGGUUUUACAUUUAGUGGUUAGGUUAAUAAAAUGUAUCCUGGCUCUUUGCUUUAAGAGUUUUGCACUCUGAAAAUCGUAGCAAAUUUAGCUCAGGUUAUUACAAACUACUGAUAUACCGUGCACUGAGGUCACAUCCUAUGUCGAGUUCUGCAAUUUUUUCUGACGCACACCACAUCAAAACUUGAACAGCUUGUCUAUUUAUUCUUCUGGUGUCAAAUGUUGCUUUAAGAUGUUGAAUAAACCUUUAAGUUUUUUGGAUAAA